AUGAUUUCCAAGGGAUAUAUCUAUCACCUAGUCCGAGUCAAGGAUUCAGAUGCCCAGACUCCAGCCCUCCGCUCCACUCCAGUCGUUAAUGAGUUUCCAGAAGUCUUCCCAGAAGAUCUUCCAGGAGGCCCUCCUAACAAGGAGAUCGACUUUGGAAUUGAUCUACUUCCCGGCACUAAGACGAUAUCUAUUCCGCCAUACAGAAUGGCUACAGCAGAGUUGAAAAAAUUAAAGGUCCAGUUAAAAUAUCUUCUCGACAAGGGAUUCAUUAGGCCAAGUGUCUCACCUUGGGGCGCGCCAGUUUUGUUUGUCCGAAAGAAGGAUGGUACCAUGGCUACGGAGAAUGAAACACAAGUUCCCACCGGGGAACUCACAUUAGUUGAUGUAAUGAGGGCCUUGCAAGCCUUGAACGAUAAGGUGGGUAGUAUGGGUGGUCGAAUGGAAAACAUGGAUGGUCGAAUGGAAAACAUGGGUAGUCGAAUGGAAAUUUUGGGAAGUAGGGUGGAAGCGAUUGAAGGAGGAGGAAGUGGCCCCGAUGCAUUUCUUGAUUGGGUGAUGCAUUGUGAUAGAAUCUUCUUGACGAAUGACAUGUCCGAGAUGAAAAAGGCGUCUUACGCCAUUGCUCAAUUCGAAGGGUAUGCCUCCACAUGGUGGGAAACUCAAGUGAAGGCGAGAAGAAUUAUUGGGCUUCCUCCCACACCUAAUUGGGAUGAAUUGAAGGACGCCAUGCGGCGUAAGUAUGUCACCGAACGCUACAAGCAAGAGCAACUCAAGAAGGUGUAUACCUUGAGGCAAAAUAAAAAGAGUGUGGAAGAAUACUAUGAUGAGUUCCAACUCAUAAAGAUGAGAAUUGACUUUGAAGAGGAUGAGUUGAAUGCAAUGACUCGGUUCCGAGCCGGGUUAAAUGGUGACAUUGCCUCCCAAAUGAGACUCCACAACUAUGGGAGUAUUAAAGAGACCCUUCAAGCGGCUAUUGAAAUAGAGGAAGGUCUCAAGGAAGAAAAAAUCAAUAAGUCAAGGGGCUAUGUGAGUUCAUGGAAUAAUAACAAAGAACGAGGAGCUUCCUCCUCUAAUUGGCAAAAGAAUAAGGGCCCCAUGCAAGAAACCAAGAAACCAUUUGUGAAGAAUCCUCAAGUUGAGAAGCAAGUUGACAAACAACCUCCGAAGUUUGCUCCAAAAGAAGGAGGUACGAAAACUCCUAUUCAAUGCUUUAAAUGUCAUGGCUUCGGUCAUAGAGCAAGUGAAUGCCCUAAUCGUAGAGCAUUUAUUUUGAGAGACACUUAUAGUGAGGAUGAGGAAGAAUGUGAGGAAGGAGAUGACGAGGGCGAUCAUGAGAAUGAACGUGAUAGUGAAGGGGAUGGUGUUGAGGGUGAUGAUGAGCCCAUUGUACCUCUCUAUGUAGUGCGAAGGACCAUGAUAAGCAAAGCAAUGGAUGACCCAAGUCAACGGGAAAAUCUCUUCCAUUCAAAGUGCAUCAUUAAUCAAAACACUAGCAUCAUGAUCAUUGAUAGUGGGAGUUGUGCCAAUGUUGCUAGUACCACCCUUGUUGAUUUCUUGAAACUUCCCACCACCCGCCAUGAAAACCCUUACAAACUUCAAUGGCUCAAUGAAUGUGGUGAAUUGAAGGUGACUCGGCAAGCUAUCAUCAAAUUCACGAUUGGGAAGUAUCACGAUGAGGUGUUAUGUGAUGUUGUUCCCAUGCAAGCGUGUCAUCUUCUACUUGGCCGACCAUGGCAAUAUGAUAGGUCCGUCAACCAUAAUGGGAGAACUAACCAAUACACCCUUACCCACAAUGGUGUCAAACAUAUCUUAAAUCCCAUGACCCCCUCCCAAGUGGGUGAGAUCUAUAACAAAAUGAGGGAGUUGAAGGAGAAGGGUCGUAGUGCAUUGCAAAAGAAGAAUGUGUCUCUUUUGGCAAAUUGUGGGGAAAUUAGGGAGGAAUUGGGGGAGCGUCAACCGGUGAUUCUCCUCAUGCAUAGGGACUAUGCAUUGCACACAAAUGAACUAACUCCUUCUUUUCCUAGUUCUAUUUCUUUUCUUUUGCAGGAAUUUGAUGAUGUGUUCCCAACGGAACUCCCAAAGGGGUUACCGCCCUUGAGGGGAAUUGAACACCAAAUUGACUUUGUUCCGGGUUCUCAAUUACCCAACAAACCGGCUUAUAGAGCCAACCCGGAUGACACUAAGGAGCUUCAAAGGCAAAAAGAUGGAUCAUGGCGCAUGUGUGUUGAUUGUCGUGCCAUCAACAAGAUAACGGUAAAGUAUCGCUGCCAUCCCAUACCUCGUCUUGACGACAUGCUUGAUGAGUUGAAUGGUUCAUGCAUAUUCUCCAAGGUAGAUCUUAGGAGUGGGUAUCAUCAAAUCCGGAUGAAACCCGGAGAUGAGUGGAAAACCGCAUUCAAGACCAAGUUUGGUCUAUAUGAAUGGUUGGUGAUGCCUUUUGGCCUCACUAACGCUCCUAGUACUUUCAUGCGUUUGAUGAACCAUGUCAUGAAACCUUUUAUUGGCAAAUUCGUGGUUGUUUACUUUGAUGAUAUUUUGGUGUAUAGUAAAAUCAUGGAUGAGCAUGUUAUUCACUUGAAAUGUGUGUUUGAAGUGCUUAGACAAGAACAACUUUAUGCUAAUGUUACUAAAUGCUCUUUUUAUGUUGAUGAAGUUGUUUUCUUGGGUUUUGUUGUGAGUUCAAGGGGUGUUGAGGUUGAUGAAUCCAAAAUAGACGCUAUUAAGAAUUGGCCAACUCCUAAAUCCAUUGGUGAUAUUAGAAGUUUUCAUGGAUUGGCUAGUUUUUAUAGGCGGUUUGUUAAGGGGUUUAGUACCAUAGCCGCUCCUUUGACCGAGGUAAUCCGAAAGGAUAAACCUUUUUCUUGGGGUGUGGAGCAAGCAAAGGCUUUUGAAACUCUAAAACAAAUGCUUAGCUCCGCACCGUUGUUGCAAUUACCCGAUUUUGACAAAAUCUUUGAAAUUGAGUGUGAUGCUAGCAAAGUAGGUAUUGGUGCCAUUUUGAUGCAAGACCAAAAACCCAUUGCCUAUUUUAGUGAAAAGCUUAAGGGUGCGACGUUGAAUUACACCACCUAUGAUCUUGAGUUGUAUGCUUUGAUUAGAGCUUUGGGUAAUUGGCAACACUACUUGUGGCCUAAAGAGUUUGUGAUUAGGACCGACCAUGAGUCCUUAAAACAUCUUAAGGCCCAAGGAAAGUUGAACAAAAGGCAUGCUAAAUGGGUUGAAUUCCUUGAAACCUUCCCUUAUGUAAUCCAAUACAAAAAGGGAAAGGAGAAUGUAGUGGCGGAUGCCCUAUCAAGGAAACAUGUUUUGAUUAACACCUUGUCUUCCAAAUUGAUGGGUUUUGAAAGCUUGAAGACAUUGUAUCCCAAGGACCCCGUCUUUGCCAAGAUCUAUUUAGAUUGCGAAGAGUGGGAAAGGGAGAAGUGGAUUAGGGAUAGGUCUUCUAUUCCCUAUUCUAGGUUUGAUGGUUUUUUGUUCAAAAACAAGCGUUUGUGUGUGCCCAUGAGCUCUUGGAGGGAAUUGUUUGUGAGGGAGGCGCACAAUGGGGGAUUGAUGGGACAUUUUGGGAUUGAUAAGACUUUGGGAAUUCUUAAGAAGCAAUUUUAUUGGCCUCAUAUGCGGAGGGAUGUGGCUAAGAUUUGUGGCCAAUGCAUCGAGUGUCGAGGCGCCAAGUCUAGACUCCUUCCCCAUGGUUUGUAUACCCCUCUUCCCACCCCUCAACAACCUUGGGUUGAUAUUUCGAUGGAUUUUGUGUUGGGUUUGCCUAGAACCAAAAGGGAAAAGAUAGCUAUUGGCAUGUCACCUUUUGAAGUGGUUUAUGGUUUUAACCCCCUAACCCCUUUAGAUAUAACCCCAUUGUCUCAAGAUGUUGUGUUGAGUUUAGAUGGCAACAAACGAGCUGAGGCCAUGAAGAAGUUGCAUGAGAAGGUGAGGCUUCACCUUGAGAAAAAGAAUCAAGAAAUGGCCAAGAGAGCAAACAAAGGUCGCAAACGAGUUGUGCUUGAACCGGGUGAUUGGGUUUGGGUACAUUUUCGGAAAGAGAGGUUUCCCAACAAAAGAAAGACCAAGUUGAUGCCUAGAGGAGAUGGUCCAUUUGAAGUACUUGAACGACUCAAUGAUAAUGCAUACAAAAUUGAUCUAGAUGAUGAUCCCUUAAAUUUGAGGACAAAUUCUCUUCAAGAAGGAGAGAAUGAUACAAUUCAAGUGGCAUCAAGACCUUUUACAAGGAGCCAAGCGAGGGAACUUCAAGCUAUGCAAGCAUUGUUCAUGAGGAGAGACAUACUUGAAUAUACUCUAGCACCUUCCCGGGAUUUCAAGUGUUCAUGA